CCAAUGAGUCUUACAAAUCACACAAUUAUUUGAAAGAAAAUAAAAUAAAAGCAAUGGAGGGAAAAAAUAUGCUCAAGUUAUCUCAUGUCCUUGCUUUCUUGCUUCUUGCAUCACUUUUUCAAUCACUGAUGGCAAGAGAUUUGAGUGAUGGCAUACAAGUCCUACAACUUCCAGAGGAAAAUGAUGGCGAAUUUGUAUUUUGCCCAGGUAAGCUAUCAUGGCCUGAACUUGUUGGGAUGCCAGCAGGAUAUGCAGAACAAAUAAUUCAGAAGGAAAAUUCCAUAGUUCAUGAUGUUAGGCUUCUAUUUCCUGGUAUGGUUAAGCCAGCUAAUUAUGUUUGUGGUAGAGUUUUUCUGGUUGUUGACUUUAAACUCAUUGUUCAAAUUACUCCCAGUAUGGGUUAGUAAUUCUAUGGGAACAUUAUGUUAUGAAAACUAAAUAAAGUGGAGAUAUUAAAUAUAGUGUCUUCAUGUACUCUACUAUUUCAACAUAAAUAAAACUAAUGUUCCUUAUU